GAUCAGGAAGCUUUCUUUUCUCUUUUAGAUGAAUACUUCGCUUCUCGUCCUCAUUUACUCUCACAAUCUUCCUCUAAUUCAAUCUCACCAACUCUUCAACGUCCACCUUCCACAUCUUCCCGUAUCCUUCCACCAGCCCCAUCUCCCAUGUCACCUCGGUCUCUCCCUCCGGCUCAUUCUCCCUCGAAUACAAAUACAUACCCACAAUCACCACCUACUGAAACGACAUCUCAGAAUGAUAAACCGGAUAUGACCACUCGUUUUGUAGUGGCGGGUAUCAAACAUGGAACUUCUGGGGCCAAGACGGGAUUAGGUAUGGUAGCUAAGAACACUGGGGCGAUGGGAGCUUUGGAUAAAGCUGGGAUGGGAGGUUUGGUAAGGGGUGCUGAUAGAUCUUUUAAUUCUAAUAAAGAUAGGAAUAAGGUGGAAGAAACUCAGACUACUCAGACGGGUGGAAAAAAGGGUGUUUCUGGAUUGACUUUCGGUCAUGUGGAUACUAGCUCGGGCAUGUCAGCAUUCAAAUCUAUGUGGAAAGAUCCACAAAAAGUCAAAACCCCCACUGUUGAACACUACCAACCAUCAGCACUAUCACACAGUCAAGCCAAUCUCCCUCCUCCGCCCAGAAGAUCAGUCCAGACCGUGGAGGUCAUCGCUACUGAGACGGAGACAAUGACGGGGGAAGGACAAGCCUUGGCGUUGUAUGAUUAUGUCGGUGCUGAUGAAGGUGAUUUGGGGGUGCAAAAAGGACAGAUUGUCAAUGUUCUUGAGAAGACUUCGGAUGAUUGGUGGACUUGCGAGGAUGGUAAUGGUCAAAGAGGGCUAGUUCCUGCUGCGUAUCUCAAAGAGACGUGA